ACAGCGGGAUAUGCUUUCCAGAGAGAAACUGAACAGGCCUAUAGUAAACGUUUACCACAGACACCCUGGGACCCAGUUACCUGAGGCUGCUCAUCUCAUACAGGGUAGUUCUGUGUUGAGACGCUGCCUGCUGUCCUCUAAAGAGGAGCUCUUCAGGCUACAGGGCACAUGUCUGGAGCGGGUGGACAACCUGCACAGCAAGAGGGCCGCAGAGCAGGUGGACUCUGCCGUGGUCAGGCUGCGGCGGCAGCUGGUCGAAAGACGAGCAAUGCCCACUUUCCUCCAACAGGGGUUGCACUAAACUCAUUAUGUAGUGCAUGACCCAAUUCAUCUUUCUUCAUUGUUUCCUCUCUCCUUGGUUCCUUCUCAAAAAUGCAUUGGAGGAGAAGAAAGAUAAAAGGUUCCUCCCCUCUGAUCUUCUCCUCCAAUGCAUUUUGAGAAGUAGAUGAGAGGAAUCAAGGAAAGAGAAGAGCCCCUAUCUAUAGUUGUAUACAAACGGUAUGUGUGUGUUUUAUCCUGGAUAUGAAGCGAAAGAGGGACCAAUGUGCUGAAAAGGGACCAUUUAAACAAGAUGAUUAGGAAGGUAUGUUUAACCUAGUCAUGUGUGGCAUCCCAACUCUCAAUUAACCACAUUUCUGCAUUACACCAUUAACGUGUACUUGAAAUAAACAUAAACAGUAUUUCUCUGCAAACUCAGCCCCAUUGCUUAUUGUAUGGGAGUCCCUUAGAGCAUAAAUGUGCAUGGGUUUCAUUCGCCUGUACUUGAUCUCCUUGUCAUACUGCCAUUUUGUACAGGUUGGCAUCUAUAAUAUGAAUUGAAUAUGUUCAGCAUUGACUGCAUUAGAAUCACAAACCGUGUACUGUUUAUGUUCAACUUCACCUCUGAAUAAAUGUACACCGUUAUAAAGUCCAGUCUCCAUCGCCCCCCCUCCUCUUCAGUCCGAGUCAUAAGACUGCAAGUCACUUGACAGUCCUCCCUCUAAACUUCAUGUGUUU